AUGAGUGGUACACAUGAAGAUUCUUAUACUUUCUACAAAUUGGAUGUGGUGUCCUUAUACCCAUCUAUACCUGUUUUUGAAGCCAGCGUCUACGUGCAGAAGCAAGGAGUUCCUAUGGUCUCUCCGCUAUCUGCAGUCUUGGCCGAGCUCAUUAUGAGAGAAGUUGAGCGUAGAAUUUUCAACUCCCCUCUUGUCAUCAGUUAUCCAUCUCUAUACUUGCGCUAUGUCAACGAUAUCCUAAUAAUAUGGGAGAAUACAGAGGAGGAAUUUAUCAAAUUUGUGCAGCAACUCUCAAGCAUAUACCCUACUAUCAGUUUCACUUGGGAGAAGGAGCAGGAGGAAUCAAUAACAUUCCUGGAUCUGUGCAUACAAAAGUUGGUUGAGGGGCCACAAUUUGCUGUUCAUCACAAAUCUAAUGUGCUACCAUAUAUUAUCGCGGCAGAUGCUUUCCGACCAUUGCAGUACGUCAAUGCUACCAUUGCUGCACUCAUUAGAAGGGCAUUACUACUUCCGUCGAUGCAGCUAGCAACAAAAAUUGAAUUAGACAUUGUCAGAGUGGCAGUGUCUCUUGCUGGAUUUAUGCAUGACAAAUAUGAACAUGUGCUCCAUAGGAUAAUUUUAACUGAAAUUGAAUCUGGAGAAUUCCAAAGGACAUUUAGUGAUACAGAUUGCGUAUCCAUUAUCGAAGAUUUGCAAGAAGUGUAUGCAAUUGCAACUCCAAAACCAAAACCCGCAAAUCACACGACAGGCGAACAUCUCUUGUUACUUUGGCUGAAUAAAAUAAAAUCAACAAAUGAAACAUCACAGGAAUUAAUUUCCUUGCCUUACAUUCUACAAAUUUCACGUGAAGCUACUUAUAAAGAUAUAAGAAUCAAUAUUGUAGAAAAAACAAAAGAAAUUUUUAAAGAAAAUCUCACUGAGGAAGAAGAAAAAUCUAUUCGGUUGUAUGUCGUCGGUGGGAUACCCGAACAGUGUUACUUACCGGACGACGUAGAUCAUCCUCUUUAUGUGCCAACGGUAGAUCACGCUUUGGCACUCUGUGAAGAGGGACAAAACAGUGGACCUACUCAUUUAAAACUUAUUGUUGAAUGGGAAAGUGAAAUUCAACCAAAAUUAAUCGACGUUCCUAGUGACUUAGUAAAAGAAGAAAGUAGCUGGAAUUUAGACCGUGACCAACAGCAAAAAGUUUCUAAAACUACGUUGUACGAAUGUUUCGAGAUGUAUUUUAAAGAAGAAAAGUUAGAAGCAGAAGAUGCCUGGAUGUGCCCUUCUUGUAAAUGUAGGCAACAAGUAGUGAAGCAGCUGAGUUUAUGGACAGUACCCGAUAUCUUUGUAGUUCAUUUAAAACGAUUUAGACAGUCGUCAACGCACAGAACCAAGCUGACGACGCUGGUGGAAUUUCCCCUAAUGUCCCUGGACAUAUCUCAGUUUAUGACAUCACGUCGGCAAGAAAUGCCGGCUCACAUUAUGAAUGGAAACUUGAAUACUUUGUCCUACUGGUCACCUUGGAAACGACACAGGUUGCAGAAUUAUUCGCAGGGAGACGACGUGUACGAAUUGUACGCCGUAUGCAAUCAUCAAGGAAAUAUGUUGAGUGGACAUUACACAGGUUAUUGUAAAAAUCCCGUCGACGGACAUUGGUAUCUCUUCGACGAUACCAAAGUCACACAGAUUCCAGAAUCUAAAAUCGUAACUGCUAAUGCAUAUAUUCUUUUUUAUCAAAAAAGCAAUUUAUCAUCAUCAUCAUGUGCCUCUUCAUCCACAUCCGGUUAUAGUACUGCCUCCACAGCAUCUUUAUUGAAUACGGAUCAUUGGUCAUUUCGCAUGCCACCAUUCCAUUGUUUGAUAUCAAAAAUCAACAAAAGUCAGGAUACCCUUUGUGAUAUUGAUGUGCCAGCCGAAAAAACAUUAAUGCAACCAAACCGUCCAUUUGAUCGUCGACACAGAGCUUAUUCCAGCAUGGUCUCUCUUCGAUCUCAGAAAACGGAUAUUCAGCCGUCAGUUUUUCACGAACUCGAGAGGCAUUCCGACGAAGAAACGAUCGAACCCAUUAUCGAAUCAAACUCCCCGGUUUUACUGCAGGAUUUGAAUAGAGCCACUUCUAAAAGUUAUUGGACAGUAACAUCAGUUUGACAAAGAAUAUAAUCCUCUCUACUGUUAAUUUGUUCAGAUGAUUUUUUUUAAGUUUUCUACGUUAUUUCUAGACGAUUUUUCUGUUUUAAUCUUCUAAUUUUAUUUUUAUACAUCCAUUCUAAUUUAAUCGAAAGUAACAUAAGCAUUUAAUAUAUUUUUAACUUCGAUUUAAAAGUUAUAUUUGAUUUACCUCGCUUCACCCAUCUGAAAGCGAAUUCUCAUCUGUAAAAUACUACGAGACCAAAACACAUUUGAAUUUUAUACUAUGGAUUUUUAAUUAUUUCGAAGAAACAAAAAACAAAAUAAAAAGUUGAAACCGUUGCAUCUUUCACUCUGCUGGAUCUCCCCCUCCGUAUCAACUUUACAUCUUUACUUAUCAGUAUUUUAGAGCAAACAGUAUUUAUGGUGCUGGUAUAAAUCUGAACAUGUAACAAAAAGAGUGAAUGGAUUUGUAAAAAUUUCAAAUAAUGUAGCAAUUUUAGAUGUCGUACAUCGUUUAUUACCUAUGUACUAAUUUUUACAAUCUUUAUAAAACAAACAAAAACAACAGUUCCUGGAUAAAUAAUGAAAAUUCCACACGGUUUUCAUUGAUUAGGGAACGGUUUUUAUGUCCUAGUCAGAUGUGGAAUCAAACAACGUGCGAGUCUUUCUACACACGUAAUUACGAUUAGCUUUCACGAAAACAUUCAUUUCUAGUCAGUAUUAUCUUUCAUUAAUCCUAACAUUUAGAAGAUUCUUGUUACAUUUAUCACCAUCCGAGUAAUUUAUUGUAAAUAUUUGUAUUAUUUGAUCCAUUCUUUUGUAAGGAUAUAGUUGAAAGACAUUCAGUUUUUUCGAAUCGAUUCCAAAGUUUGUGUAACAUAUCAGACGUACCUGACCAAUAUUUUUGUUUUUUAAUUAUAAACUCGGCUAUUUCAACUGUUUAUCGGCAAUUAUUUUACUAUUAUAUCUAAUCGAGUGUAUAAUUAUGUUUACCGUGGCAAAAAAAAAAAAAAAAGAAUUAUU